AUGUCUCCCCAGCCCAGUGCAUUCAUCUCUGCACGCAUUCCCUCACCCGACCCCAUGGGCGAUGACACGAAUUGCGUCUCUCAUCUCGCCACGGUCCCUGGAGAGGACGAGGAGCAAGCGUCGCCGCGUAAGAUCUCAUCAAGUGAUGCACUGCGGGCUCUGUCAAGGGCUCCCUUGGAAGAGGAUGGGACUGUUUGGACGGUAGUCAAUUCGGACCUGGAAGAUGCUGCGCCGCAUCAGCCGCAUUCCUCCUGGCGAGGGAGCCUGGCUGGAGAGACGGCUGCAAAGUCGCCAACCGCUGUGGCCUCGACAGCCACAACUGACUUGGAACCAACAUGGACAGCCACGACUCGCCUCACAUAUACCACCGCCGGCGACACAAACGGCGCAUCAUCCGAUUCUGAAGAAGAGUCCUCAGACGACGACUUUCUCACCAUGGGCAAGCUCAAAUCACCAGUGUCGUCGGCAUCCCGUGCGCAAGAAUUGCUGUCUCCUACAAAGUCUGCCGAGCGAGUUACUUCCGCACAGCUGGGCGACCAGAGCAGCCUGUCGCCAAAGACUGGCAAAUUGAAUACCGAAAACUUGACCGGCGAAGCCAACCAUGGCGUCCCAGGGGCGAUAGGGGACGAGGACGAAUUGUUUCAAUUUGAAGAGGAAGGCUUGGGGUUGCCUGCGAGGCCGCGCCAGACCAGAAGACCCGCGGGGAAACUCGAUUCCAACGACGGGCAGUCGGACCAUGAUGACGGGUCAAGUGAAACUCCAACCCCUCAACCGCUUACCCUGUAUGCCACGUCGCCUGCAAUUCCAAUCACAAGACUGGCAAAUCAAGACCAAGAGCCAGGUCCUCCGACGCCUGCGAGGGCAAAGUUUGAGUCCCAUACUGUCGGUUCCUACAGGGGCAGGCCUUUAACAGUGCCCGUUUUGCGAAACCCCGAGGUACUGUCCCAGCUGGGAUCUGCCCGACCCGUCAAUGAGAUUGUAGGAAGCGUUCAUCAUCGCGGCCCUACGGACGCAUUCAACCCAGCCAGCUUCCAGGAAAGCGCCCAACAAGCCAUGACCUUCAGCAGCUUCAGUGAGCGACUUAUGAUGGAGGACAUGAUGGAAGCGGCCAAGGCCGGGUCCCUGGCGCCCGGUACCGCACCUACAGAGCGUGGGCAGUGA